AUGCGGGAACCAGGGGAACGUGCACGUCCCUCUCUCUGCAUUCAAGCCCAUCUGCUUAUCUCUUAUCGGAUGGCAUCUCGACUUUUCGCUUAUCUUAUCGCCCGUUGCCCGGUCACCAUCGUAAACAAGGAUUCUGUACCUUUGACAACCUCGUCGACAUUUCGCGUCUCUAUGUCACCUCCAUCAAUCUCGACACGACGAACCAUUGCACCACGAACACGCCGACCGUGUCUCGCUAAGGACCAAUCUUACUCGACACACAUAGAGGGACAAGAGGGUGCUCAUCACAAACCAUAUACGAUGGAUUCCUCCACAUCAUCACAAAAAUCGUCGGCGAACUUGUUCCAGGUGUACCUUCGAUUGAGGCCUCCCCCGGCUGGUGCUGCCUCGUCAGACAGGUUUCUAAGCGUCGAAGAACCCACUGAUGGUUCCCACCCAACACACAUUACUCUCAAUCCCCCCAAUGAUCGUAAGCGCUCGACGGAGAAAUUUGCCUUCACCAAGGUCUUUGAGGAAGAUGCAGCUCAGCUCGACGUCUUCCAUUCUACGGGAGUCGCGUCCCUCGUCGAGGGCGUUUUGGCGCCUCAUGGCGGUCACGGCACCGAUGCUUUGAUUGCAACUCUCGGUGUCACGGGCUCCGGGAAGUCUCACACCAUCCUCGGCUCGAAGACACAGCGAGGCAUGACACAACUAGCACUCGACGUUGUUUUUCGAUCCAUCGGACCUAACAUGUACGACUCUCCCAGCCUUGAAGGAUCCCUACAGGCCGCCGACGCCUCCGACGCAACCAUCAUGUCCGCCCCGUGCUUUCUCGAGACCGUCUUUUCCGACUUUGGCUCGUCACGAGGCGGGGGAUCAAGAGCAGGGACGCCAAUGAUUGUAGGAACCCCAUCUAUUUCCUUCGACUUUCUUUCUGCAAGCAUCUCGCAACAGCGCGAACAGCCACAGCAAUCUUCGUUGGGGGUCUUGGGUGGUGUACGGCUAGUGCCUUCCACUCCAAGCCGCCCACGGCGCCAGCGCCUACGUGAAUCCCCGCUGCCAAUGUCUACAAAGACACCUGUUCAUCAGACGGAUGCGCAGAGACAUUUCAUGACCAUGACUACAGCUUCACAUACAAAGAGCAAUGCUAAAACUUUACUAAAGGGCGAACACUACCCUCCCACACCCCGAAGAGUCCUCCAGAGGCCGUCGAACCUCCCACAAGCACCCGAUAUUAGCUCCGUCGACGUCUCUUCUGACCCCGACGCCGAUUAUGCCGUCGUUUUGUCCAUGUAUGAAGUGUACAACGACAAGAUCUACGACCUCCUGACCCCGCCGAUCAAGUCCAACGCCACAAAGGAGUACCGUCGCCGGCCGUUGCUGUUCAAGUCAACAGAACUGUCCGCCGAUAGGAAGGUAGUUGCUGGUUUGAAAAAGAUUGCCUGCACUACCAUGGCGGAGGCCGUAAUGGUUUUGGAAGCAGGAUUGCAUGAGCGCCAGGUAGCCGGCACGGGCAGCAACAGUGUGUCGUCCAGAAGCCACGGCUUCUUCUGCGUGGAAGUGAAAAAGCGGUCGAGAGUCGGUCGCAAUCGUUCCUGGGUCGGCAAUACCCUCACCAUCGUCGAUCUGGCUGGAAGUGAGCGGGCGCGAGACGCCAAGACCCAAGGUGCUACCCUGGCAGAGGCCGGUAAGAUCAACGAGAGUCUCAUGUACCUCGGCCAAUGUCUUCAAGCCCAAAGCAGCUUGGGAACCAACAACAAGCCAAGCGUCAUGCCGUUCCGUCAGUGUAAGAUGACAGAACUCCUUUUCUCCAACUCCUUCUCCACCUCUUCCUCGGGCGUUGCAGUCCGUCGCAACCCACAGCGAGGCGUCAUGAUUGUAACGGCAGACGCGCACGGAGAUCUCAAUGCAACCUCUCAGAUCCUCAGGUACAGCGCGUUGGCAAGGGAGGUUACGGUUCCUCGCAUCCCCAGCAUCACCUCAACACUGCUUGCCGAUAAUCCUUCAGCAUCGCACAUGCCACCCCCCCUCUCGUCACCAGACUUGCCGCCCCCUCAUCGAAGAGGCUACUUUGGAAACGGUUCUUCGGGACAUCGAAACUUCUCGCCAGCCUCUGACGGCGGAGACAGAGUUCUGAUGGAACACGCGGCGCUCGAGAUCGCUCGCAUGCAAGAGGAGAUUACGCAUCUCCACAUCGAACUGGACAACGAACGCGAGGCGAGGGUAACCGCCGAGGCGCAUCUCCUCAGUAUGGAGGACCGACUCCUGGAACUCGAGCAGACGGUACGCGAGGAUUGCAUGGCGGAGUUCGACGCCCGUUUCGAGCUCGAGCUGGCCCGUUGGAAGGCAAACCUCGCGGCUGAGCAGGAAAAGGGCGAAGAGCACUGGGAUCGCAAGAUGGAGCUCUUCGAAAAGGGGCUCGGCGUAGCGGUUGCGGAGGACGACGACUGCGGCGAGGACAAGGAGAACCUGCUGGUCGAGAACCUCGAGCAGGAGAACGAGAGGCUGCGCCGGGAAAACGAGAUACUCAAACGCGAGCUCGCGUGCCGGAGCCCGACCAAGCGGAAGCCGCUCCAGGAGCGCGAGGACUUUGGAGGCCGCAAGGCGGACACUACCUCGAGCAGCAGCGGCGGUCUCAACAACCUCGGGCGCAAGAUGGAACGUCUCCGCGUUAGCAACGAGAGCACCGUCAGCGCCGGGAGCACGGGAAGCCCCAAGAAGAUGAGGAAACUGGGCAAGAGGUGGGAGAGCGUUGCCGAUGACGACGUCUGA